GAGAAUCCACCUGAGUGGGGCGGUGUUAAUGAAAAUAGUCGAUCAGAAAAUACUUCACGGCAGGCUACGCUUAAGCUCAGCUCCGGUGUACGACAUACCGUGGUCUACAGACUUUUGAUUCUUGAGGUGGUCUAUAAAACUUUGGAUUCUUGAGGCUACACCUGUUUUUACGGUCUAGGCGGAGGGAAUUCGCAGUCUUGAUUUCUUUAGACGUGCUGACUAGUUACGAUGGAACUUUAAUUUUUCUUGCUUUAAUUGCUGGAAUACUAAAUCAGUUUCCGACAGGUUUUAAAAAGCCUGACACGCUGAAAAUAAACCCUGUCAGCCAUCUUGCUAUCUGACUUCUCGGGAUAUACUGACGUCACACGGCAGGUUGUCACGUGGUUCAAGGUAUUCUACACAGACAAGAUAAACCGGGCAUUUAUAUUUUCGGCCUGGUUUUUUGAGGAUAAUUGUUGGAUUUUUGUGGAUUUUGUUUCUCACACCGGGACCAACUAAAGAUUUUACAUGUAAAGGGAAAUCAUCAGGACCAAGCAGUUUUACAUGUAAAGGGACGUAAUCUGCACCAAGGAGUUUUACAUGUAAAGGGACGUAAUUAUAUCAGAUUAUGGCAAGCAAAUACAAGUUUUCGGCUGAACAAAUACAAACGUUCAAAGAGGCAUUUGCUCUUUUUGACAAGGAUGGCGACGGGCAGAUAACUGCCACCGAACUUGGUAUAAUCAUGCAAUCUCUGGGACAUAAGCACACACAGGCGGAUUUGGAGAGGAUGAUAGCAGAGGCUGACACUGAUGGUAACGGCACCGUGGAGUUCAAAGAGUUCAUGGACAUGAUGGGCAAGGUCAUGAGCUUGGCUGACCCAGACGAAGUCAUCAAGGAAACAUUUCAGGUGUUCGACAAGGAGGGCAAAGGUUACAUCGCAGCAGAAGAACUGAAGCGGGUCAUGUCGACCCUGGGUGAGAACGUGACGGACGAGGAGCUCGACGAGAUGAUCAGAGAGGCGGACGUCAACGGGGACAGGAAGGUGGAUUUCAACGAAUUUGUUACUAUGAUGAAGACAACGUAGCACCAGUUCUCUCCCCGUACAUGCUCAAGAAUAACGAUUCAUUCUAUUUUUGAAACAUUCAUGUUUAGGUUUCCUUUAUUCGUAUUUGUAUAUUUUUGUUUCAUGAACAUGUAUAUUCCACCCUUUUAAAGUGCAACUCUAAUGUGCAAUGGACAUAUUUUCCCAAUUUCGAAUAGCUCUCUAUCUCUCUAUAUGUAUAUUUGGAAUUUUUAACACAGUUUUUUUGUCAACUGUACAGUUUUAAUUAAAUUUAUACAUUUGUAAUUUAUGGAAACAGCCAUCAAGAUUUUUUAUAUUGUUUCUCUUAGUGUAGAGACAUUCAUAUAUACACACAGUAGGCCACACAAAGUAACACACAGACAGUUAUAUAU